GAUAUUUUACAGUAUUUUGCGAAAUAAGAAAAAUACCGAUAAGCCAGACAAGAUAGCUGGUAUUUAAAAAGUGGUGAGUGGUCACACUAAACAACCGAGCGCCAAGCAGGAGAUUCGUUUGUUCUUUUUUGCUUUCGCUUUUCCCAGGAUUUCACCGACCGCGAUGAAACGGACCAAGGACGAAGAAGGUGCCCCAGUGCCAGGCCACUCCCUGGGCCAACAACCCAGUGCCGGGAGCAACGGCACCGACGCCCCCAUCCCGGCGGCCGGUUUGGUGGCCACCACUGGUGUGGUUGCCACUUCGGUGGCAUCGGCAGCAGCGGCCGCCGUUCGCACCACAGGACGUGUCAAGAAACCGAAACAAGUCUACGAUCCAUCGGACAACUAUGUGUCCCGCAACCGCAGCUCCCUGGCCACGGCAGGAGCUAACACAACAGCCCACAGUCCGGCCACCAUGUCCAUGGUGCAGUCGCCGCCCACCCUGCCGGCCUCCAAGGACUCCAGUGAUGGUGGCGAUUCGAAUACCAGUCCGCCGGGUGCUCCAGACCAGUCGACACCGCCACCGCCGCUGACGCUAGCGGCCCAGCUGGCGCCACUGACCGCCCAGCUGCAUCCGCAGCCGUCAUCCAAGCUGCAGCAGCCGGCCAGGUCGCAGCCAUCCCAGAAGAGCGAGCCGCCGAGCCGCAGCUUCGACACGUGCCAGAAGUGCGCCAAGAGCGAGCCUAAGCGUGGCUCGGGCCACAAGAGUAACUUCCUCACCUGCAAGAGUUGCACAAAUAAAUGGCACUUUCCCUGUCUCCCGGUUGCCUUCCAAAACCUGAGCCUCGCCCGGAAGAAGUUCAAGUGCGAGAAGUGCCGGUACUGCCAGGUGUGCGGCAUCAAGUGCAAGGACCUUCCCAUCUGCAGCCUGUGCGUGGAAGCCUUCCACCCCUCGUGCCACGAUCCGCCGCUGGAGGGCAUCACCCUCGACGAGAUGGAUCCUAGAUGGAAGUGUGCCCGCUGCAAUGCCAGCCUGGGGGCCCCAGGAGGAAGUGGCGGCAUGGCUGACCCGCCGAGGAAGUCCAAUGCUGGGCGCAAGAAGAGGGUGCUCUCAGAUCCUCUGAAGGCAGGCAAGCCGGAGAAGAUGGCCAAGUUGGAGGUGAAGAGUGAAGAGCAGAAGAAUGAGGAGCAAAAGAGUGAAGAGCAUAAGGAUCAGGAGCAGAAGCCUGAGGAGCUGAAGCCUGAAGAGCCGAAGCAAGAGGAGCUUAAGAUCGAGGAGCCAAAGCCAGAGGAGCUUCGUCCAGAGGAACCCAAGGACAAAGACCCGGAGACUGAAGAGCCAAAGGCUGAGGAGCAGAAGCAAGAGGAGCCAAAGAAUGCCACCCAGGAGGACGUGGUAGCCAAGGAACCAGAGAUGUCCAGCCUGGGAGAGCUGGAAGUGAAGAUCAAGCAGGAGAUCCUGUCACCGGAACAGGGGGACGAAGAGCCCCAGGCGGAUCCCCUGGACGAGCCCCUAGACGAGCCCAUGAACCUGCUCCUGGACCAGCUCCUACACCAACCCCAGGACCCGGUCCAAGACGAGCCCCAGGCCCAGCCCCUGAUCCAGUUCCCCGAAGAAGAGCUCCAGGUCGUCCCUCUGGUCGAGUUCCCGGACGAUGAGCCGCCAAAUGAGGAAUCGCCGGAAGCCCACUCCCUAACCCCGACUCCGGAGAACGCUCUCGCCUUGGUCGGACCGGUGGCGGAUUUGCGGAACAUACCGGUGGCCACGUGGACCGUGGACCAAGUGGUGGGCUUCGUGGGCCGGCACUAUCCGCGCGAGGCCAGUGCCUUCCGCUUCCAGGACAUCGACGGCGCCUCGCUGCUCCUGCUCACCCGGAACGAUGUGAUGAACGGAUUCGGCCUGAAGCUGGGGCCGGCGCUGCGGGUCUUCGAGCUGGUCAUGUGCCUCCAGAAUGGCAACGACGACGUGCGACUCGCCUGGUUCGAGUAGCGUCCUCCCCAGCUAGCCAUUUAGACUUUAGGAUCCAAAUACUCUUAACUGUAUCGCCGCGAAAAGGAGAAGCUUAUAUUAAGUUCUUGGGGGGCGCCUAUUUUUUAGGCAUUAUUUUUUUUUUUUAGUCUAUAAUUUAUCAUUAAUUAUCACUAAUUGAUUAACUAACAUUUUGAAAUGUUUAAAUUA